AUGGCGUUAGUCAGGACUACAGUUAGGGAAUUUUUCCGUCCGGCUUCGCUCUUUCCGGAAACGGUUAGGGGUUUAUUGCGGCUGCCUUCGCCAGGGACGGUGACUGAGAUUUCUCCGUUCAGUCGAUUCAACCUUCAAUUCUUGUCGCGAGGCAUAAGUACUACCUCAAUCCGUUGCGCUGCUGCUGCUAAUGAAACUAGCAGCGGAGGGAAGAAGACACCGGCGAGGCUGGCUCAGGUUCAGGAGUUCUUAGUUAUUGCAAAUGAACGUGCUAAAGGAGCUGGCGAUGAACCUAUUCCUAAAGUCACUCUAGACCAUGUUACCGUGAACUUUGCAAGAAGUGGUGGGCCUGGCGGUCAAAAUGUCAAUAAAGUGAAUACCAAGGUGGAUAUGCGAUUCAAUGUCAAAGAUGCUGGUUGGCUUAGCGAAAGAGUCAAGGAGAGGAUCCUGCAGAAGGAGAAGAACCGGAUAAACAAGGAUGGAGAGCUAGUCAUCUCAUCCACAAAGACGCGCACCCAAAAGGGAAACAUUGAAGAUGCAUUGGCAAAAUUACAGGUAUUCACGAGACUAUUAAAGAAAUUUCAGGCUAUUAUUGAUGAUGCAUGUUAUGUUCCACCACCUCCAUCAGAGGAGACAAUAAAGAAGAUCAAUAAGUUGGCUGCUAUUGGGGAGCAAAAACGUCUCGACAAGAAGAAAGCGGCGUCACAGAAGAAAGCGUUCAGAAGAAGCCGUGACAGCUGGGAUUAA